AUGUCGCGCGCGCUCGCGAGGCGCGCGCGGGAGGCGGCGACGCGCGCGACGCGCGCCGUGGGGCCGACCCGCGCGACGCCCGGCGCGACGCUCGGACGCGCGCGGGAGGUGGCGACGCGCGGUGACGACGGCGACGGGCGAAACGGCGACGGCGACGGCGACGAGGGCGCGCGGCGACGGUUCUCGGCGCGACGAAUCGUCAAGGGGAUCGCGCGAGACGCGCUGUGCGACGCGGUGGCGGACGUGGACAGUUACGCGGCGUUCGUGCCGUUCUGCGCGGGGGCGAGGCGGACGCCGCGAGAGCGAUGGGGACGCGAACGCGAACGCGAGGCGCUGGCGCGAGGGGAGGAAUACUUUGAGGCGGAUUUGGAGAUUGGGUUUAAAUUAUUCAACGAGAAGUACACGAGCGCGGUGACGUGCGCGCGACCGGAGCGCGUGACGGCGACGAGCGUGUCGAGCGGGUUGUUUCGGUCGAUGACGACGACGUGGAAAUUUUCGCCGCUCGACGACGACGAGGACGAAGACCCGGUCACGGGAUUACCCGCCGAGGGCGUCAUCGUGGAUUUCGAGAUUGAUUUUGAAGUUAAAGAUCCCAUGCACGCCGCGGCGGUGAGCGUGGUCUUCGACGACGUCGCGAGGUCGCAGAUUCAAGCGUUUGAAAAGCGGUGUCGACAGCUCGCGUUGCGCGGCGGACUCGAACGCGACGGCGAUUAG